GUGCUAAAAAUCCUCAUCCCCACCCUAAUGCUUAUCCCAACUGCCUGACUAACCCCCGCCAAAUGACUCUGGCCCACAACCCUUGCCCACAGCAUACUAAUUGCAUUAAUCAGCCUCUCAUGACUAAAACACGCUAUAGAGACAGGCUGGUCUACCCUAAACCUAUUUAUAGCCACAGACCCCUUAUCUACACCUCUAUUAGUCCUCACAUGCUGACUCCUCCCCCUGAUAAUCCUAGCAAGCCAAAACCACACAGCAACAGAACCCAUUAACCGCCAACGCAUAUAUAUUUCAUUACUAACAUCUCUCCAAAUCUUCCUCAUUUUAGCCUUUGGCGCAACCGAGGUAAUCAUAUUUUACAUUAUAUUUGAAGCAACCCUUAUCCCAACCCUAAUCCUCAUUACCCGGUGAGGAAACCAAACAGAACGCCUUAACGCAGGGGUUUACUUCUUAUUCUACACCCUAGCAGGCUCUCUCCCCUUACUUGUUGCCCUUCUGCUCCUACAAAAUUACACCGGGACACUCUCCUUGUUCACCCUACCAUUCUCCCACCCCCUCCAUCUCUCAUCCUACACCGACAAACUAUGAUGAGCGGGCUGCCUACUAGCAUUUCUUGUUAAAAUGCCACUGUAUGGUGUACACCUCUGACUCCCCAAAGCACACGUUGAAGCCCCCGUUGCAGGAUCAAUAGUGCUUGCCGCAGUCCUCUUAAAACUAGGAGGUUAUGGAAUAAUGCGAAUAAUUGUUAUACUAGACCCCCUCACCAAAGACCUAAGCUACCCUUUCCUCAUCUUCGCAUUAUGAGGGGUUAUCAUAACAGGCUCAAUCUGCCUUCGCCAGACUGACCUAAAAUCUCUAAUUGCUUACUCCUCAGUAAGCCACAUAGGCUUAGUGGUAGGAGGAAUCUUAAUCCAAACCCCCUGAGGAUUCACAGGAGCCUUAAUCCUUAUAAUCGCCCACGGGUUAACUUCUUCUGCUCUAUUCUGUUUAGCCAAUACAAACUACGAACGAACACACAGCCGAACCAUACUUCUAGCGCGCGGCCUACAAAUCGUACUUCCCCUGAUAACAGCCUGAUGAUUCAUUGCUAGCCUUGCUAACCUCGCACUCCCCCCACUUCCUAACCUUAUAGGCGAACUAAUAAUUAUCGCCUCCUUAUUUAAUUGAUCUUGAUGAACAAUUGCCCUAACCGGAGGAGGUACCCUUAUUACUGCAAGCUACUCCCUCUACAUGUUCCUAAUAACUCAACGAGGGCCCCUCCCCUCACACAUCAUUGGUCUCGACCCCUCUCACUCACGAGAACAUCUACUUAUAACCCUCCACCUUUUGCCACUACUUCUCCUCACUCUUAAACCCGAACUAAUUUGAGGUUGAGCCGGCU